AUGUCACCUCUGAACGAAGCCGCUUGGAUUCUGAAGCCCAGAAGUGAUCUGAAGCGAUUCACUGCGGCCUACAAUGCCCCUUCGUUUGACGAAGUUGUGAUCGAGAACCGCGCUGUUGCCAUACAACCUUUGGAUGCCAAUAUCCGGGCCCAAGCAUACGUCGACGUGCCCUACCCAUUCAUCUUGGGCAAUGGAGUUGCCGGCAUUGUCCAUGAAGUUGGAUCGUCAGUCACGAGAUUCAAGAAGGGCGACCGCGUCGUGUCUGAUACACCUACUUACCAGCUCAAACAAACUAAGUACGGGGGCUGGCAGAAAUAUGUCGUGAGUAAUGAAGCCACAACCGCUAAGAUCCCGGCAAGCACGACUUUUGAGGAUGCGGCUGCAAUACCUUUCGCGCUCUUAACAGCUGUGUCUGCGUUGCACUUGCACCUGGGUAUGGAGAAACCAGGAGCAAAUUGCAACAAGAAAGCACUAAUCUGGAGUGCUAGCGGAUCUGUGGGGGGUUACGCUGUUCAAUAUGCCGCCAGUGUCGGUUGUGAAGUCAUAGCGACCGCUUCCCCGCGGAAAUUCGACUACGUUCGUGGCCUUGGAGCCUCUACUGUUCUCGACUACAAGGACGAUGAGAUCGUAUCGAAACUUAAGAACCUCGGGCCCUAUGAUUAUAUCAUGACGGCUUCGGGUGACGCCAAAGGUGCAAACGCUAUAAGCGAGAUCCUGCAACCAAACGGCGGGACAUUUGCCUCUGUCCGCGCACAAAGUAAUGAAAUGAACCUGGCCAAGAAUGUCCGUUUAGUUUACGACUUUUUUAGCAUGACUACCCAGAAGCCGGAAAAUGGUGAUUUUACGGAAUGGUGGUAUCAUGACUACCUCCCCGGAGCUCUGGAAGGAAAAGUGACCCCUACACCCUUGGAAAAGCGAACUGGUGGCUUGAACAGCAUCCAGGAAGCUUGUACCGACGUUUUGGAAGGGCGCAGCGCGAAAAAGCUGGUUCUAAAUCCCCAGGACGCUGAUAAUUGA